UACCUGACCCUGUGUUUCCACAGACACCAGCUGGAGAAGAGUUUGCUGGUCGAUCCCUGGAACUCGGUCAAAGAAGCCGACCUCAUGGUGGUCUUGGUGGACGCGGGGGACAGAUGGAUGUGCAGCAGACUCGACUUCCAGAUGCUCAGAUGCCUCGCCCAGCACCCCGACAUCCCCGCCAUCCUGGUCCUCAACAAGGUGGACCUGGUGAAGAGGAAGGACAAGCUGCUGGACGUCACCGCGGAGCUGACGUGCGGAGUGGUGAACGGACGCAGGCUGCGCGUCAGGCCGGUGAUCAAACCUCCGUGGGCCGAAAAGAGACGAGAGACGGAUCCCGAGUCGUCGCUCAGAGACGAGGACGAGGACGAGGACGAGGCGGCGGGGUCAGAGGGCGGCGCUGAGCCGCACUGUUCGCUGAGCAAAGAGCAGCUGAGGGCGCUGAAGAGUCAGCGGGGCUGGCCUGGCUUCAAGGACGUCUUCAUGCUGUCCUCUGUGGACAGAGAGGACGUGGAGACGCUGAAGGUACAUUUGAGAUUUAUGGUCGUAGCAGAGAAAA